AGAAUCACGCCCUCAAUAUUAUAAUUUCUAAAUAUAGUUAGGGAAUUUUUUUUACUCCAUUGAUCAGGCCUACCAUUCCGUAUCAUUUGGCUGACAUGUGAAAGUGUGAAACGCCGUAAUAUUGUUCCAGAGCCUGGUUUUGUUAUAAUGUGAUUAACGUACUGUACUAAAAAUAAUAACUAUUAAAAUAAUAAUAAGCAAUUAGUUAAAGAUUGACGACACUUUGGAAAAUAAUGACUUUUAUUAAGAUCUGACAAAAAAUCUGAGGCACCUUUGAAAUAUUAAUUUUAAAAUAGAUUUCCAGUGAUAACUGUAGAAAUGUCUGAAGAAAUUCUCACCAAUGGUAUUUUGACUUUGGCUGGUAAAAUCAAGUUGGAAGAAGAGACAAGUCAGCUCAAAUUAAUUCUCGUUGACCACAUAAAAAAUGUAAAAGAAAGGCCAAGUUCCCUUGAUUUAUUUGAUGAUCUCAAACAAAGCCAAGACAUAAAAAUAGGUAAUGUUGAUAUCAUAUAUGAAAUAUUAAAUUUGAUGGGGAAAACAAAAUUAUGGACAGAAUUUUGUAAAGAUAUGUUGAUUGAAAAUCCUUAUCAAGAUUAUGAUGUCAAGAAAAACUCAAAGUGCUUCACUAAGUUUCGUUUGAUGAUGAUUGAAAUUGGAAACAAUUUGACAAGUAGUAUGGUUGCGAAUCUGAAGAUGGCCUACGAUAUUCGUGAAGAUUUUUCUAAUGAGUGGAUGUUGUUACUUCAUCUUGAGCAGCAUAUACAUGUUGACCAGGACAACCAAAGGACCAUAGCAACAUUUGCUAAAAACCUAAGGUCAGCAAAUUGUCCGAAAGGGGAAAAAAUAGCUGAACUGUAUGUUACACAAACCAGAAGUGCAGUUAAAGAAUGUGAUUUUAAAACAAGCACAAGAAAACAUACAGGUAGCAGUGAAUCAAAAACUAAAAGUACUAUUAUGAAGCAAGUUGAAUAUGUUGAAGAUAAAGCAGAUAGAUUGUUUGAGCAACUUGGAAUUGCAAAGAAUAGAGUAGAAGACACUUCAAGGCAAGCCAAAAAUGAUCUGAACGCUCUGAAGAAAAAGAUAGAUGAUUACCUAGAAGAGUGCGAAAUAGAAAUUGAGGAACGAAAAGCUAGUAAAAUUCAAGAGUUGGAAAAAACAUCGUUGGUUAUAGUGAAAAUCUUAGAAAAUGUAUGUGGACUGAAGAAAGACAUCGAGCAGGCUGAUGCAGAACAAGACCUAGAAAGGUUUGCAGACUUGAAAUUACAUGUCAAAGGUUUGGAUGAAACUCUUAAUGGAGUCUGUCCAGAUUCUGUUGGGUAUUUUGAGUGUAUACAUAAAAAUGUAUCUGUUAUUUUUAAUGAAUUAACAUUAAUCAUGGGGAAACAGAAAGCUCUUUAUGUAGAUUAUAUGCCUGUUGUUCCCAGACAGUGUAAACUUAAUACUGAUAAACUUUUAUUCCGUUGCUUUGAUGUUGGGGAAAUAAUUGAACUGAGAGUAGAUCUAAUGGAUACUUAUGGUAAUGAGUCAAGGGUUGAGCAAGAACAGGCAUCUAUUACUGUCCAUAUUAAAGAUCUCAUUAAUCCUGAUGACUUUAAGAUUAUUGAUCAGAAAGUGACGAACAAUGUUCAUAAGAUUAAAUGCAAGUUUGCCUCCCCAGGGGAGUGGACUGUUGAGGUGAAGGUAUUUGGAAAGCUAAUAUGGGAAACAUUUAAGCUUAAAGUCAGUCCAAAAGGCUCUAAGGAAAAAAAAGUUAUGGGAUGUGGACAAACUAUGAGCCGUGCUGCAAUUUUUGAUAUAACAUUUACAGCUGAUGGACAAAACUUACUAGCGUGUAAUAAUACAAAUCAGGUUCUUUUGUUCGAUUUGUCAGGCAAUAUAAAAACGUUUUGUGAACUUGAAGCAGAUAGAAAACUUGUUAACUUAUGCUGCAUAGCAAAUGGCACUGUGUUUUUGACAGACGGUCAAAGACAAGAAAUAGUUGUUCUUGAAAGUGAUGGAGCGCUCAAAAGAUCUUUUGGUAAAAAUCAUUUUCAAAAAAGCAGUCCACAAGGAAUAGCUGCUAUUAUGAGAGACAAUCAAGUUCAUGUUUUUACUUCUAACCAAAUUAAUAAGCGUUUAGACUACUUUAUUGAUGGCACAUAUUCUAACAAUAUUACAAGUGUUGGUGAAGAAAAACGGACACUCGAUCCCUGGUUUCUUGCUGUGAAUAGUAAAUUUCAGUUAUUAAUAUGCAACAGUGAUGGAUAUUUUCUAGACAUUCUAGACAUGAACCAAUAUCAAAAUGACAAACUAGUGCACUCUAUUUUCUGUGAUUCAUCUGUUUGUGUUGAUGAACAUGAUAACAUUUUUCUUGGCCAUAAUUCAGAAAUACUAAUGUACAGAAGUAAUUUUACCUUUGUCCAAAGGUUUAAAUGUGGUGAUAAAAGACCUGCAAUAUAUGGUAUUGCAGCACGAUUUGGGCAUCUUGCUGUUGUACAUCCAGGUGAAAUAAGACUAUUUACAUAUUAAAUUUUAUGUGCAGUUUCCAAAACAACAAAAAAGAGUUUCUACAUAUGCAAUUCAGCACAUGUCAUACUGUAUGCUGUGAGUUAUUCUACCUUUACCUUUAAUUAAUUGAUAUGAUGCAUUUGAAGCAUUAUUACAAAUAUUAGCCACUGAAAAUACUUUACAUAAAGAAAAGAAACUUUUGGUAAUUAAACAGAACAAUAUUCAAAUCAGAAAACUAACGUUGUUUUAUACCUUAUUGAUAUGUUAUAAUGCUGGGGUGGUGGUGCAGACGGUGUGAUCGCAUCCCCUAAAUUGUAUUGAGGAAAAUAAUUGUUUAUAUGAAUUAUGGGUAAGAGUUUUAAGGUAUGAGAGUGCAAUUUUCGGGCACUUAGAGUUCCAGAUUCUCAAAUUUUUUUUGGUGGACUCUCAUGCACCCCUUACUGCCGAAUCCUGUAUCCACCCCAAUAAUGACUAUGUUUAUAAUUGUCAUCUUGAACUUCUUGCUCAAUUCACUUUUAUUAUUUUCAUUACUGUAUGAAGGAAGGUUUUUUAAACUUGUUAACAGAGCUUGUAAUAAAUUGAUAUUCUCAUCAAUGAAUUUUAAUAGAUAGAUACUUAGGAUUUCUCAUCUUUCUCAUCAAGUAUGUUCAAAUUGUAAGUGUGCAAAAAAAAAAAAUCUUUGCAUUAUACUACUGUAACUGUACUACUAAACUGUACUACUAAAAUUCAGAGAUACUGUUUUCCGUCUACUAUAACGUGUAUUGUAUUAAAAAAUGUUCUUAAAACUUAAUUCAGUAGCUAGAUACAAUUAAUACGUUAGUUUUUAAAAUUUGUAGAGAUUUUAUCCAAAGAUUAGGCAUGUUCCAAUUAGGUUUGUAAGAAAAUCAGAUGGAUUCCAUCUGCAUGUGUUUUCUACUGUGCAACCUGUAAGAUAUGCAUAUCUAGCACAGGGUUUGAAGCUGAGCCAGGCGGCAAGCGAAAUGACAUAAUCUGAAAUUGUUAGACCAUAAAAUUUAUAUACAUUAUGCUACGUACUACUGAAAUACUGAGAUAACAGGUAAGAAUUUAGGGAGGAGUGGGGUGUGAGUCAGUCCUGCCCUUCUUUUGGAAAGUAAAAGAAAACAAAUAGAAAGUAAGAAAAAGAAAAAAUUGAAAGCCUCAUAUGUUAUAUUUGGGCGUCUAGAAAACAAAAACCCUGUAGAGUAAUGCUGUCCCUUUCGCCCACCCGACCCCCCU